CUGACAUUCUCAGAAAUCCCAACAACAACAACAAUGCUGCUGAUCGGAUUGACUGGCGGCAUUGCGACUGGCAAGAGCACCGUCUCCAAGAUGCUGCAGGACGAGUUGAAGAUUCCUGUCAUUGACGCAGACCUCAUUGCGCGACAAGUGGUCGAGCCGGGAAAGCCAGCGUACAAGCAGAUUGUUCAGAUCUUUGGCCGGGAAAUCCUGCUGCCUGAUCAGACCAUCAACCGGGACGCGCUGGGCAAGCUCAUCUUCAACGACGCAGACAAGCGACGGCAGCUCAACGGAGCUGUCCAUCCCGCUGUCUUCCGGGAAAUGUUCAGGCAGAUUCUCAAGUGUUACAUUCGAGGAGAGCGCAUUGCAGUGUUGGACGUCCCGCUGCUCUUUGAAGGCGGCCAAUUGCUUCGCUAUCUGCGACGCGUGGUUGUCGUCUACUGCGACGAACAGGCCGAGCUGCAGCGACUGAUGGCUCGCAAUUCCAUGAGCGAGGCGGACGCACGGAGUCGCAUGAAUGCGCAAAUGUCGAUUGAGGAGAAGCGCCGACGAGCAGAUAUUGUCAUUGACAACUCGGGCAGUCUCGAAGCCACGCGCAACCAGGUUCGGGCAGUGUUUGCAGAGCUGCAGACGCUCUGGACAAUUCCUUCGCCCGCUGUUCUAGCAGCAAGUGCCGUUGCGGUCGCAAGUGGGUGGUACUAUUUUUCGCGCGAUGCCCGCUGAGCGCAAAGUCGGCUUCUUUGGACGGCUGUGGAGCUACUAUCUGUCAUGCCUCUUGGCUCUGGCAUGAUUUGGGUUUUCAAAAUAAUGGAGGCUCACGACGCGACGCGACGCUGAUGGUGGGAGCGACCAAAUCGUGCUUUGAAUGUCGCUGUGCUGGACUUUGGAUGUCGCUGCUCCGCUGCCGUGUCACCAUAACUAUGUACUAUAUUCUUAUUCAAUGCUCC